AUGAUUAACCGGCCCCGGCUGCGCUCCCGCCGCCCGCGCGGGGCCACGCUGGGCUCGGGGGCCGUACCGGGGCCGUACCGGGGCCGUACCGGGGCCGGCGGCAGUUGGGACCCCGCGGGCUCCGGCGCGUCUCCGCGGAUGGACGGUGACCCGCCAGCCGGGCCCCAGGGCCCCGGCCCCACAGCCCGGGGAGCGGAGCAGGGGGGUGGCAGCGGGGCAGCCGAGGCACUGCCCACCUCCGGCACCCGCAGCGAGCCCCCCGCGGGCCCUGGGGACAGGCCCGUGGUGGUGUCGGUGGUCACCAACUCAGCCUUCGAGGGGGCCCCGCCGCCCUACUCGCCCCCGGACCCGAAGAGCUUUCACCACCUCCACCCGCCAUUCCCAGCCGGCUUCUCCCAGCAAGCGCCUGUCUUUUACCAGCCGGGGCCCGGACCGCGGUCCUUCCCAGCCCCGGGCAUCCCGGCCGGGCCCCUGCCCUACACCACCUACAACGCGCAGCCGGGCGCGGGGCCGUUGCCCGCCGGCCGCGGGCAGCAGUUGCCCAAGGACUACAUGGUGGAGUCAGUGCUGGUGACCCUCUUCUGCUGCCUGGUGACCGGGGUCAUGGCCCUCGUCUACUCCCAUGAGACCCGGGCUGCGCUCGCCCGUGGGGACGUGGCCCAGGCAUACGUGGCAUCCAGAAAGGCGCAGUCACUGGUCCUCUUCAGCCUCCUCUUCGGGUUGUUCGCCUCCAUCACCUGGAUCAUCUACGUCCUGGUGUCCCUGUAUCUGUGACAAGGACCCUGAGCCCCAGGGACAUGAUGUGUGCCGAGUACUCCUGGUGGCUCACCGCCUGGGGGGCACGGGCACGUGAAGUUGCCGCAGCCUUGUGUGGAAACGGGUGACAAGGAAGUGUUAUUGGGACUGCGGGGCAGCGUCCGUCCUUCCUGGCGGGCCGAGGAGCUGCCCCGGAGCCUUCAGCCAUCUGCUCAGCCCUGCGAGCCCCGGGGAGGGCAGGAGGAAGCCAGACCAGAUGCCGGUGCCGUGUCCUGCUGGAUCCAGCUCUGGGCAGGGAGCUAUGUCGGAUCCAAGGGCGGGAUCACGCUCCGCUCGCUGCAGGAUGCUGAAUCCCAUUGCUGUGGGCUGUCCCUUGGAGCUGCCACAUGGGACUCUGGUGCAGAGGGAGCAUCUUGUAGGAUUGGGCUCGGACAUGGAGCAAAAGUAACAAGUGUGUGGGAAGCCCUCACUGGUCAUUAAUGAUGUGAGAAGAUACAAACCCAUGUAUGCAGUUCUGCAGUAGUUCUGCACGCACAAGUACACACACACACACACUGCAUUGCCACCUUCUUGCUGCUUCCAGAUUGAAAUAAAGUACAGCUGUAGCCAAA